CUACUUUGUGCCCUGAACAUGUAUAGGGGUGAGAUAUUUGCAUACCCCUUGUACUUGCAGCAAAGGCUGGCCAACAGACGGAUCACAUUUUUUUGCAUGGAUGUAACAUGCAAGUACUGGCCAUAUCUUGAGAAAGUAUCGAAGAGCUGUCCUGAGCUCCAACACCUGCUUCAAAUGAAGCCAUUCCUCUCCGUGUUCCAUGCCAAAGCCCAUGACUUCAAAUGUGAGGCUAAGUGGAGUGGAGCAUAUCAAGAUGGUGCUGGCUUGACUCUAGGGGAAGAAGUUGAGCAGUGCAAUGCAUUUCUCUCAAGGAUUGCUGUUACGACAAAACAUAUGUCAAAAGCUGGACGGACAGACAUGCUGACUCUUAUGGCCAUGCGCUGGAAUCAGCAAAAACUUGACAACUUGGCCACCUCACUAACCCGUCGAUAUCAGAAGGCCACAAAAGCUCUUCAAAAACAACAUCAGAACUUGGAGUCCUUAAAAAUUGAGCUUUUGGUGACUGACAGUCAACUUGAUGACUGGGUCCAUGAUAUUAAGGAGUGGGCAGAAGCAACAUCUAGCACAACUGAUCCGGGCUCCUUGGCAGGCAGAAUUGAGGUUCUGGCUGCGAGCAUCAAAAGGCGAUCUCAGCGUCUUUAUAAAGACAUAGACGGAAACAAAGCUCGUGCCAAGGCUCGUCGCAAAAUAAGACAGGAGAAAAACAUCUUAGCAUUGGCUUUAGAAAACUACAAGACUGUUACAGGCACAGAAGCACUAUCUUUAGAAGAGAUCCUGUCCGGUGACACAACAUUGCCAUGGCAGCAAUCAGACAGUGACUCUGUCAGUCUUGCCACAAAAAGGAGGGCAUUCGAUGGCAUUAUGACAGUAAAGAGACUGGAAGAGGAAAAGAGGAUCCUCGUAGGAGAGAUGGACCGUCAUUGGAAAUCUCUGUCAUCCUAUGAAGAUGCUCUAAAGGAGCUUCCCCGCCUGUUAUCGAGCGGCAAAUUUAAAAGUUCGUCCUGUUCCCUAACUGAUGAAGCUCUAAGAGGCCUCCAGAGCAUCAUCCUCAGAGAGCUACAGCACUUAAAACAAAUGAAACUGCAGGCAAGAGAACAUUAUCUACAGACUUUGUCAGGAGCAGAAAGUGUUAGUUUUGACGAUACUUCUGAUGACGACUUUGGUAGUGACUCGGAAGCUUCUGAUAAUAGUCUGUAAUCAUUUGUGCAUAUACUGCUGACAAAGAUCUACACUAGCGUGACAGUAUUCGGCUCCUUCUGGAUUGACCAAUAUGUCACAAGUAAAGUAUGUUUGCUCAUAAGUCACAAAGAGACACAAUUCUGUUUAAAUUUGUUCUU